UGCCGACCCUCUCGGGGCGGGGUCACUGAUACGGGUGCGGCACGUACUUUAGUGUCGGAGGUCGUUCGGCGGUCAGUCAGUUAUUCUCAAAAAUUCCUGUGAACGUAGAAAGAUUUAGAUAUGCCUCACUUUGUACAAAAUCUUCGCAAUUUACUCAGUAACCAGCCGGAAGAGUUUGAACAAGUUGAGGAGGAGGAUGUUAGGAGUUGGGGGUUGACAGGCAUAAGUCUUCGUCCAUACCAACUUAUUGGUUUAAAUUGGCUGGUUCAGCGCUACAGUAUUCAACAUGGCAGCAUCCUCGCAGAUGAAAUGGGUCUGGGUAAAACAUGUCAGUCAAUAUGUUUUCUUCUCUGCCUAACUGGAAGACAAAAGGAGAAAGGUCCUUUUUUGAUCCUGUGUCCACUGUCAGUGCUGAAGAACUGGACAGAAGAACUGGCAGGGUUCGCUCCACGACUUUCAGUGGUUGUGUACACAGGAGAUAAGGAUACAAGACAAGCUUCGCAACAAGACUUGAAAAAUUGCAAUUUCCAUGUACUUCUCACCACUUAUGAGAUUUGCUUGAAAGAUGCUUCUUUCCUCAGUAGACUGAAUUGGAGUGUGCUGAUUGUGGAUGAGGCCCACAGGUUGAAGAACCAGAAUUCUUUACUACAUAAGAGUCUGAAAUCGUUUUCAGUACGAUUCACACUGCUGCUAACUGGAACACCAGCACAGAACAAUCUUUAUGAGCUGUAUUCGCUGCUAAGCUUUGUGGAACCAAAGGUGUUUUCGGGGGAUGAGGUGGAUGAAUUUACCAAAUAUUACAGCAAUGUAGAAGAGGAUGCAGAAAAAGCUAAAGAGUUGCAUAGUCUUAUGCAUCCAUUCCUCCUGAGAAGAAUUAAAGCUGAUGUUGCUGCUGAGUUGCCUAAGAGGAUGGAUAUUGUUCUGUAUCAUGGAAUGUCUGUACUGCAGAAAAAGUACUAUAAAGCCAUUCUAAUGAAGGAUUUGGAUGCAUUUGAGAAUGAAAUGGGCAAGAAAACUCGAUUGAUGAAUAUCUUAAUCCAACUCAGAAAAUGUGUUGAUCACCCUUAUCUUUUUGAUGGCGUGGAACCAGAACCAUUCCAGAUCGGGGAUCAUCUUGUGGAAGCAAGCGGUAAACUUCACUUACUGGACAAAUUACUAGCGUUUCUGCAGCCCAGAGGUCAUCGAGUGUUGCUGUUUUCUCAGAUGGCAAGGAUGCUGGAUAUUUUGCAGGAUUACAUGGAAUAUAAAGGUUAUAGCUAUGAACGCUUGGAUGGAUCAGUACGAGGAGAGGAGCGAUAUCUUGCUAUCAAAAACUUUAAUCAACAAGAUAUUUUUGUUUUCCUUUUAAGCACCCGGGCAGGUGGUGUUGGAAUGAAUCUUACUGCUGCUGACACUGUAAUAUUUGUGGACAGUGAUUUUAAUCCUCAAAAUGAUCUCCAGGCAGCAGCAAGGGCCCACAGGAUUGGCCAGAAAAAGCCAGUCAAAAUUAUUCGGCUGAUUGGAAGAGACACCGUUGAAGAACUGAUUUACAGACGAGCUAUGUCGAAACUGAAAUUGACAAACGCUUUGAUUGAAGGUGGUCAGUUCUCUAUGAAGGAGAGAGAAGAAUCAUUUGCACCUUUUGAUAUGCAGUUAAGUGACAUUCUGAAAUUUGGUCUGGAUAAAUUACUGUCUACUGAAGAGAGCACUAUUGAAGAUAUUGAUAUGGAAAAUAUUCUAGGGGAAACCAGGAACGGAUUAUGGAUCACUACGGAGCAGCCAAUGCAGACAGUCGAAGCAGAUGAAGAGCUAGUGGGAACAAGCCACAUGUAUCAAUAUGAGGGGAAAGAUUAUUCUAAAGAACCCAGUGCAGCAGAUCAGAAAACCUUUGAGCAACUUCUGGACCUUCACAAAAUAGUACUUGAAGAAGCCAGUAAAGGAGGAAGAUCACUCCGCACAAAGUCUAAGGUCCUUCUGGCUGCUCCACUGGAUCUGACCAUUAAAAAAAAACGAAUAUUAACACCUGAAGAACUUGAGCAACGGCGUCAGAAACGUCAAGAGGCAGCAGCUAAACGUGCAAAAUUACUAUCUGAUAAGAAACAGCAGCGAAAAGAGGAAGAGCACAAAAAAAAGAUGGCUUGGUGGGAAUCUAAUGGCUACAGAUCUCCCUGUCUUCCAUCAUUGAGUAGUGAAAGUGAUGAUGAAUCUGAGGAGGAUGGAAAUGACCUUCCUGGUGAUCUGGAUUCUACAGAUACAGAACAGACAUCCAUUCACUAUGUUAUUGGGGAUGUCACUCACCCAGUGGCUGCUGACAAUGAGGAUGCAAUAAUAGUGCACUGUGUUGAUGACUCUGGAAGAUGGGGAAAAGGAGGUUUGUUUACAGCUUUGGAAGCUAGGUCUGAUGAACCAAGAAAACAGUAUGGGCGAGCAGGGAAGAUGAAAGAUCUUUCUCUGGGAAGUGUUCUUCUAUUUCCCAUUGAUGACAAGGAGUCAAGAAAUACAGGACAAGACCUGUUAGCAUUGAUAGUUGCACAGCAAAGAGAUCGUUCCAACAACCUUUCUGGAAUCAAACUGACAGCUUUAGAAGAAGGACUGCAAAAACUCUACAGAGCUGCUAAGAGAAGGAAUGCAAGUGUCCAUCUCCCACGAAUAGGGCACACAACCAAAGGAUUUAACUGGUAUGGCACUGAAAGACUUAUUCGGAAGUACCUUUCCUUGAAAGGCAUAUCAACCUACGUCUACUAUUUCAAAAGAUAUGAUGCACCUUCUUCUGAAUCCUCCAAUUCUGCUGUCAAAAUAUCAUGGAAGCAGGAUAAAGCAAAUAGAAGUAGGACUGAGGGAGAUGCUGCAGGUCAGUCAGCAGAAAGUUCAGCUGUUCUACCAGAUUUCAUGUCUGGAGUGAGUGUUUACUUCUUCAAUAUAUCAGAAAAGAAGAGGCUAAGCCGUUAUUUGAUUACUUACAAUGGUGAUGUGGAUGAGAAUUUCUGUGCUGAAACCACUCAUAUUGUGGCACAAGUGGAUGACUCCAGCCAAAUGCAGGAGUUACAGAGCUACCUGCAGGAGAAUCCUACAGCAGUUGUUGUCCAAGCUCGAUGGCUUGAAGUUUGUUUCUCAAAACAGCAGAAGAUUGACACAUUUUUGUAUGAAAUUAAACUAAAUAACUCUCAGUGAAGGUUGCAUUUGCAAACUUCGUUCUUACAGCACACUGAAACUACCAUACAAACAAUUGUAAAUAAUAUAUAUGGGCUUAGGUUAAGUAUGAUAAAGUACCUAUUAUAAAAAUGUUUUCAGUUUAAUUUUUUCACUUUUUUACAUUAUAAAUAUGGUUUUGGCACUGAGUACUCAUUUUUGACUUAUUUCUCAAUUUUUCUAAUGGUUUACUGUUUUGGUAUUGAAUUAGUAUUGAGACAAAAAUAAACUCAACUAAUAUUUUACAAAUACAGAAGCAGAAAUUGCUGGAAAACCUAAGCAGGUCUGGCAGCAUUUGUGGUGAGAAAACAGAGUUAACAUUUCGGGUAGAAUGAUUCUUCCUUAGAAGGGUCUGUUCUGAGGGAGGGUCACUCGACCCAAAGCAUUAACUCUGAUUUCUGUUCAUAGGUGGCUGCCAGACCUGCUGAGCUUUCCAGCAAUUUGUUUUUGUUACUGAUUUCCAGCAUCUGCAGUUCCUACUAUCUCUGAAGCCUUAAGCUACUAUUGCCCAAUAAGACAUUGGGGUAUUUGUUCAAACAACAAAUUUGACAUUCCUCAACAAUAGAAACAAUGUCAAAACCACCUUUAGCAGUUUCCCAAUUCAUUGUGUCUUGUUGCAAGUUUCACGUCUUUUAAGUUCCUAAUUUCUUAAAAACAAUUGGAAAAUUGAAACAAGGUCCACCUGACAAAUCAGAUGAAGUAAAUAUGGCUGCUGAUUUCUGUGAAUAAUUGGUAUAAUAAUGUCAUUUACUUUGAGCAUGUGUUCUGUCUUGCAGUUUUCAAAUACACUUGCAAUAUGAUGUCUCUAGGCUUUCAUUACUGUAGAACUUUGACAAAAUUCAGGGCUGAUAGAAAAGGAAAGCAUUGAUUUUACAUGUUUGCUUACGGGUUUCAAACAUUUUACAACUUUGUGAACUGUCUGUGUUUCACCAGUAAUUCUGUUUAUCUACUGUAUUUUUAAAUUUAAAUUAUCACUGUUCCCUGCCCCAUCCCACCCAGUUUGAAUAGCUUUGCAAGUCUCAACCACAACUUUUGACUAAAGGUUGAAUAACCCAAAAUCUUUGUAGCGUUUUAUAGGACAAACCAUUCACCUCCACCUGGUCUGGCUUAAACUUAAUUCUAGUUCAUCUGUUUUAGGGAGAAGUAUGAAAGAACAAAUAAAUGUAGCCACUGUGAUAAAGACGUGAUAUAUAAUUAUUAUUUGGAAAUUUGGGUUUUUAAAUUAGAGACAGAUGGAGCUUGGCUUCAGCUGUGUUUUAUUUUAGAGAUCAGAAAGUCAUUUGGAAUAAUGAUCAAACAAAUCUUUUCCAAAAAACUAUUCAAUUAAGUGCCUGCUGAGAUAUCUGUGGUACUAAUUGAUUAAAAGUUUAAACUUCUGAGUUUAUGAAAAACAGACAAAACAGAUCAGAUCAGUUUAGGAAAAUAAAAUGUGAGGCUGGAUGAACACAGCAGGCCCAACAGCAUCCCAGAAGCUUUUGUGCUCCUGAGAUGCUGCUUGGCCUGCUGUGUUCAUCCAGCCUCACAUUUUAUUAUCUUGGAUUCUCCAGCAUCUGCAGUUCCCAUUAUCUCAGAUCAAUUUAGUUUGACUUCUGCUAGUAGAAGAACCUAGAUCGGUUCAGGAUAACAGUCAUGCUCAUGGAAUGGUUUUAGUUUGUAAGGUCUCCAAGCUGUGGAAGUUUGUACAGAGGUUUUCAAAUUGUCAGACUGAAAAGAUGUUUAGGUAGUCAGAACUGAAAGAACAUUUAGGCCAGUAGAACUAGCAAGAAAUCAUAAAACUGUCUCAGCAGUCCAGGGAAGAGUCAGUUCAGGAUGAAAGCAAAGAAUCAUCGUAAGAAUUAUAAUUCUCGGGGAUUUGAGUACUUGUAAAGGGAUGCUGAAAAACAGAUUGAACAGUGUAUGUUUUAAGAUCUUUCUGAAUUGUCUUUUCUAUUUCACAAAAGUGAAGAAAAUCGUGUUUUUUGUUAACUGACAUUGGCAGCAAUAUGUGACUAUGUUGUGUCAAACACCAUUGUAACCAACUGGAAAAAAUAAACUUAUGAUCACUUAA